GGAUGACGUUUGUGAACUUCGCCGAAAGUCGUCGAACCCCAUUUGUGUUGUUUACAGAUUCCUCGGGGUGUUUGCUAAGUAUUUGGUAUUUAAUACAGUUCCUGGAUAUUUCCAAUCCAAAUAGAUAAACCAUGAUUUCCGACGUACAGCUAGCGGUGUUCUGCAACGUGCUGGGAGUGUUCCUCUUCCUACUGGUGGUUGCAUUCCAUUACAUCAACGCGAACAUGGGAAGGUAA